ACCUCGAUUGUCUCCCUUUAUAACUCUUUAUUUGUUUUGACAUUUACAAACAUGUGGAGUAAAAAUAUUCAACGUUUUACACAUUCUGUAAGACUGACGAGACAAGCAAAAUGUUUAAAAGCUCCACGAUGCUGUUGUUUGUCCCGUUGCUCAAGUUCACAGCUACACACAUCACCACACACGCAGCAAAAUCACAACCAGAAUGAGACUGAAGAUAGGUCACGGUCAUAUAUGAUAGCUGUUCUAGCAGGACUAGGAGUUUCCAUUACAUCUUAUAUGGUCUGGAAUGAAAGAAAGAAACUACAUGCAAGUAACGGAGCUUCUUCCAAAAACACGAAAACUACCUCACAGUCAGAGGAGAAGUCUCAAACAGACAAGCCAACAGACAAGUCUGAAAAAGACACAAGUGUUGGUGAAGAAUCUAUAGCAGACAGCAAUACUAAUGCUUUAAUUACAAAUGCAGAACAAUUUGAUAAACAAGAAGAAGAAAUAGAUUGGUCUAAGGUACCAGAAAUACCAAGUCAUGUACCUUAUUUACUAAUUGGAAGUGGUAUAGCAUCAAUAGAGGCAUUUAAAGCUAUCAAAACUACAGAUCCAAAAGCUAAGGUUUUAAUGAUCGGAGAUGAAGAUUAUUUACCAUACUGGCGUCCACCUUUAUCAAAACAUUUCUGGUAUGAUGAAAAUGAAGAUGCUGCGAAAGAAUUUCAAUAUACAAAUAUGAGAGGCAAGAAGUCUACGAUAUUUUUAUUAGAGGGUAUAUACAUGGAGCCUAAAAAAUUGCCUUUCUCUGAGAGAGGGGGAUUGGGUCUUCUUAAAAACACAAGGGUUGUUCAGCUAGAUUCUGUAAACAAAAGAGUUAUGUUAGACAAUGGAUCAGAAAUAACAUUUGAUAAAUGUUUAAUUGCUACAGGCGGAUAUCCUAGAAAUGAUGAAGUGUUAGAAAAAGCUGGUGAAGAUGUUAAAAGUAGAACAACUUUAUUUAGGAAUUAUAAUGAUUUAAUAUCAUUAAGUGAUGCAGUAAAAUCAGCAAAAUCUGUAGCUGUGAUAGGCGGAGGAUUUCUGGGCAGUGAACUUGCUGUAGGCAUUUCUUAUAGAGGUUACUCAAAGGGUCUCAAAGUACAUCAGCUGUUUCCAGAGAAAGGAAUCAUGGCAAAAGUUCUUCCUGCAUACCUCAGUGAUUGGACAACACAGAAAUUUAAAGACGAUGGUAUUGAUAUUAUGUCUGAAGUUAGUAUAAAGUCUGCAGUAUAUGAAGAUGGUAAGGUGAAAUUGGGUCUCAGCAAUGGCAAACAUUUACAAGUGGAUCAUGUUGUAGUUGCUGUGGGUAUAGAACCUAACACUGAUCUAGCAUACAGUGGAGAUCUAGAGGUAGAUGAUCAGUUUGGAGGAUUCCGUGUCAAUUCCGAGCUCCAAGCUCGCUCCGAUAUCUGGGCAGCUGGUGACUGUGCAUCAUUUUAUGAUGUUAAACUAGGACGACGGCGUGUAGAACACUUUGACCAUGCCUCAAUGACUGGUAGACUGGCAGGAUUUAAUAUGGCAGGAGAAAAUAGACAUUAUAGACAUCAGUCCAUGUUUUGGUCUACAUUAGGGGGAGUGGCUGACUAUGAAGCUGUGGGCUUGGUGGACUCGAGACUGGAGACUUUUUCAGCAUUCAGAAAAUCUUAUCCCAAAGAG